CUUAAGGUGUUGGUUUUAGUUGUGGAUCAGAAAACACUUUGAAACAGGUGUAAAAUAAAUAAAAGUGUUACGAAUUGAGGGCUGUAUUUUAAAUCCACUAUUCGAUGAUAAUAAUAUACAUAUCAUAAAGUAAUUGUUUACGUUCCAAGCAUUUACGCUGAAUUAAGUGCUCCGUUUUCAAAUCAUUCAUUUAAGCCUGGUUGGCGUUUAACUGCUUCUAAGUGCCUUAGUUAAUUUAUAUGGUUUGUUUUUGUAGGUUGUGUUCCUGGGUGUGGCAAAGCAAUAUUAUAUUUUUGAAUAUUAUAUUUUUAAAAAUAAAUAAUUUGUAUUUUAUAAAUAUAUGCCAAUGUGUAGAAAAUUCGUCUUCACCGCUGUAUUUAAUAUCGUGUUAGUGGUAAUACAAGCACAAUAUGACUUCAGUGAGCACAAAGUCAGUGAUAUGAUAUGGUGUACAAAAAGCCAAGAAGAGCAAUAUAAAUGUCAAAAUUUAACAGUUGCCAUUGAGCGAGAUCGUGCUCUUUUUGACGACUCAUUAUUAAAACUGACAUGUUUUAUGGCUUACAGUGCGGAUGAAUGUAUACAUCAUAUUGAUCGAGAAAAGGCCCAUAUUACUACAUUGGAUGCAGGUGAUGUGUUUACCGCAGGCCGAUUCAAUUCGCUUAUACCAAUUAUGCAGGAAAAAUUUGAAGGUGGAUUCACAAAAUAUCAUGCUGUGGCUGUUAUAAAUAAAGGGACACUUACCGAUUUAACAAGUUUAAGAGACUUAAGGAACAAACGAGCUUGUUUUCCUUGGGUUGGGAGUUUAGCAGGAUGGAUUUUACCAAUUUAUACGUUGCAACGAGAAGGUGGGAUGGAAGUUGUAGAUUGUAAUAAUCAAGUUAAAACUGCAGCAAAUUAUUUCAACAAUUCUUGUGCAGUAUACUCAUUGAUUGAUAAAUACAAUCCAAUCGGAGACAAUUCGGACAAAUUAUGUACUCUUUGUACGGGUAAAGUUCCAGCUGGACGCUGCUCAGCCAAUGAUCCUUACUAUGGUUAUGAUGGUGCAUUUCGUUGUCUACUGGAAGCUGGUGAAGUUGCUUUUUUAAGAGAUUCUACCAUCAAUGAAAUGUUGCAAUAUGAUGAAUUUAAGAGUUUAUCAAGUGAUCGCUUUGAACUUUUAUGCCGUGAUGGACGACGGGUGCCUAUAAGUGAAUAUCGUCAGUGUUAUUGGGGACUCAUACCAUCAGAUGCCAUUGUUACAUCAUCCGCGCGAACAUUAACCGAACGUAAAAAAUACCAAGCAUUUCUUAAGCGCAUGGUUGAACUUUACUCGGACGCAAUUAGGGAAGAUCCCAAUAAACAAUAUAGCAGCAACGUUAACAAUAAUGGUUUUAAUAGGAAUUACAACGAUGAAAGAAAUGAUCGUUUUGAUGUAUAUAAUAAUAAUAAUAAUAAUAAUAACAGUCCUUUUAACAACUUUGGGCGCAAUCAAGAUUCAUAUAAUCGAUUUGAUAAUACAGGUUUCCGUAAUGAACGCCUAGAUAGUAGCUUCAAUACAGAUUACAAUUUCCAAAAUGGUACAAACAAUACUGUAUCUUACGAAAAAUUCAACUUAUUUGAAUCGAAACGUUAUGGUAGAGUAAAUUUAUUAUUUCAAGACGCAGCCCGUUCAUUGACUGCUAUACAUGAAGACGACCAGUCCUUUAAAAAAUAUUUGCAGGAUGCAAUUGAUUAUAUAUAUGGACUGAGAGAAUGUCCGAUUCCUAGCAUGACAUUGUGUGUGACAUCCGAGCCAGAAUUAGAGAAAUGUGUUAAAAUGAAAAUUGCUCUUAAAGCUCAUUUAUUGAAACCAGAACUAAUAUGUAAAAAAAUGCAUUCACAUAUGGAUUGCAUGCGCGGAAUACAAUCCGGUGAUGCUGAUAUUGCAGUUUUUGACGCUGGUGACGUGUAUACUGGUGGUUUAAACAAUAAUUUAAUACCGUUUAUGUCUGAGGUUUACAAUUUGGGUGAACCGGAGUAUUACGUUGUAGCUGUAGCAAAAGAGGAAGAUCCAGAUACAGAGUUAACAUACCUUAAGGGUAAAUACACUUGUCAUACAGGCAUUAAUACAGCUGCUGGUUGGACUUAUCCAAUGGCAUACUUGAUAUCUAAUGGUUGGAUAAGACCUUACGGAUGUGAUUCUAUUCGAGCAGCUGCUGAGUAUUUUACCAAGUCUUGUGUACCCGGAGCUAUAAGUAAUGAAUAUAAUACUGGUGUUCCUUAUGACAGCAUGUGUGAUCUUUGUCAUGGCACUAGCUAUCGCUAUUGUCGUCGUGACGCUUCUGAAGACUACUAUGGGCAUACAGGAUCAUUUCGUUGCCUCGUUGAAGGUGGUGGGCAUGUUGCUUUUAUGAAACACACAACAGUUAUGGAAAGUACUGGCGGAAAACGAAAAGAGUGGUGGGCUAGGAACGCUCUUAACGAUGAUUUCGAAUUAUUAUGCACAGAUGGUACACGUGCGGAAUUACAUGAGUAUAAAAAAUGCAAUUUAGGAAUAGUUAAGGCCAAUGCCAUUGUAACUCGCGGUGGUGAUGGUUAUAAUGAAACACAACUGAAUGCUUACAUCAAUUUGCUUACAUAUGCACAGCAACUUUACGGUCGAAAAGAUGUUGACACUUUUAGUUUUAGCAUGUUUGAAUCGCCGAUUAAUUUUUACGAUUUAAUUUUCCAAGAUGCCACACGUCAGCUACAAGUUAUACCUCCAAACAAGCGACGUUACGAUCUCUAUUUAGGAAGUAAUUUUAUGCGUGCACGACGUAUAACUGAUUGCUAUGCUGGUGCUAGUCAAGUUCAAAUAUCUAUAUCACUACUCUUUACAUUGUGUUUUAUAGUAUACAAAGUAAUCGUGUGAUAUAUAAAUGAAAACCAUAUCAUAAGCUAAAGUAUAUAUUAAUGCUUUAAAUUUUAAAAAUGAGCCUAAAAUUCUUUAUAUCACAUAUCUGCACAAAUAUUAAUACUAUUAGUUAACGUACAAAUAUUGUAGACAUUAGAAAUAAAAAAUUGUAAUAACAUUUGACUGUAUCAGUUAAGAAAAAUGUAAGCACAAUUAUAGUUAUGGUAUUUAUUUUUAUACUAGUUUAAGAUGUAUUAUUAUAAUGUUUAGAACUGAACGUACACAC